AUGUGCAAUGAAGGAUUUAUUUUGUAACUCAUCUGUUUUGUUUCAACAAGGCUAAGAGUUAAACACACAUUAGCAUAAUUCAUUAUUUGUGGCUGGGUUGACUGAGAUGGGGGGUGUGUUUUAGUUGUUUGCCAGGUGGUUUUAGGCCCUCCUCAAUUCUACCUGUUUGCCACAGCACAUAAUUUGUUAUGUGUUUUAAUGCCCUGCCCCCAUAUCCAACACCCAGAUGGCUGGUGUUAUAAGGAAUUGAACAAUAAAGGAUAGUGUGCAUUGGAAUUAAAUGCCCUGCAUAUAAAGAUAACUCUGUAUGAAGAAGGGAACCAGUUGUAAAGGGAGGAGGGCAGAUAUGGGAGAUUUUCUUAACACAUAUUUUUUUAUCUUGGUUUAUUUGUCCCUCUUCUCCUUCCACUCUGCAUCUAACUCUUUUUCUUUAUCUUGUAAAUUACAGAAAAAGUUUCAACUUAAUGAAAUGCACAAGCCUGGAGAUGUGGUUCUUGGUGGGCUGUUUGAGGUGCACUAUUCCUCUGUUUUCCCUGAGUGGACUUACACCUCAGAGCCACAAUGGCCCAUCUGCAAACGGUUUAACACUCUAGGGUUCAGGCAUGCAAUGACCAUGGCCUUUGCUAUUGAUGAGAUCAACAGGAGCUCUGUUCUGUUACCUAAUGUGACUCUAGGAUACAGUCUGUAUGACAACUGUGGUGCACUUAUCAUUGGAUUCAGUGGUGGAUUAUCACUUGCCAGUGGCAGAGAAGAGCAUUAUGUGUUUGAGGAGAACUGUUUAGGGACCCCUCCAGUCAUGGGGAUAGUUGGUGAUUCUGCCUCUACAUUUUCCAUUGCCACUUCCAAUGUGCUGGGUUUAUACAAAAUGCCUAUUGUGAGUUAUUUUUCCACUUGCUCCUGCCUUAGUCAUCGGCAACGGUUCCCAUCCUUCUUUAGAACAAUCCCAAGUGAUGCUUUCCAGGUGCGUGCAAUGAUACAGAUUCUUCAACACUUCAGCUGGACUUGGGUCGGCCUGCUAGUCAGUGAUGAUGACUAUGGACUCCAUGUUGCUCGAUCCUUCCAAUCUGAUCUGACUCAAUCCAGUGGAGGUUGUCUGGCCUACUUAGAAGUUUUGCCCUGGGACAGUGACCCAACUAAACUUAGUAGGAUUGUUGAUGUGAUGAAGACAUCCACAGCCCGUGUGGUUAUGGUUUUUGCACAGGAGUUUCACAUGAUACAUCUUAUGGCAGAGGUGCUUAAGCAGAAUGUGACAGGCCUACAGUGGAUAGCAAGUGAAGCCUGGACAGUAUCUACUGUGCUUCAGACACCCGAACUCAUGCCGUACCUGAAGGGCACGCUCGGCAUUGGCAUCCGUCGAGGGGAAAUACCAGGACUGAAGGAGUUUUUAAUACAAAUACAUCCUGACAAAGUAAACAAUGACAGCUCUGGAACAAGCAUGGUGAGGCAGUUUUGGGAAUCCACAUUUCGGUGUAAAUUUGCUUCACCGGGUUGGUUGAAAGCUGGGGAAACACUCUGCAAUGGCGAAGAAGACAUACAAAAUAUUGAGAGUGACUUUUUGGAUGUGUCAAACCUCAGGCCUGAGUACAAUAUUUACAAAGCUGUGUAUUCUCUAGCGUAUGCCCUUGAUGAUGUGAUGAAGUGUGAGCCAGGGAGAGGGCCUUUCAGUGGGCACAGCUGUGCCAAUUUGCAAACUUUGGAGCCAUGGCAGCUUGUUCAUUAUUUACAAAAGGUGAACUUCACCACAUCAUUUGGUGAUCAAGUUUCAUUUGAUGAGAAUGGAGAUGUCCUACCAAUCUAUGAUGUCAUCAACUGGCUGUGGCUCCCUGAUGGAAAAAUUAAAGUUCAAAAUGUGGGUGAUGUUAAGAGGUCUGAUUUCAAAGGUGAAGUACUUAAAAUUGAUGAAGACAAAAUCUUCUGGAACUUUAUUACAAAAAAGCCACCUCAGUCAGUAUGUAGUGAGAGCUGUCCUCCAGGUACCCGCAUGGCCAGAAAGAAAGGGGAACCUGAAUGCUGUUUCGACUGUGUCCCUUGUUCUGAGGGGAAAAUCAGCAAUACAACUGACUCCAUAGAGUGCACCAGUUGUCCAGAGGACUUCUGGUCCAGCCCAAAGCAUGACAUCUGUGUGCCUAAGAAGACAGAGUUUCUCUCUUUUCAUGAGCCAUUGGGUAUCUUCUUGACAACUGCCUCAUUGCUGGGCACAUUUCUCUGUUCUGUCAUCCUGGUAAUCUUCAUCCAUCAUCGCAGCACACCCAUGGUACGAGCCAACAAUGCAGAACUGAGUUUCCUCCUCCUAGUGUCACUUAAACUAUGUUUCCUGUGUUCACUGCUGUUUAUCGGCCGCCCCAGAUUAUGGACGUGCAAGUUGAGACAUGCAGCAUUUGGCAUAAUCUUUGUGCUUUGUGUCUCAUGUAUUCUGGUGAAAACUAUGGUGGUUCUUGCCGUGUUCAAAGCCUCCAAGCCAGGAGGUGGAGCUGUUCUCAAGUGGUUUGGUACCAUGCAACAGAGAGGGACAGUCCUGGUUCUUACUUCUAUUCAGGCAGUAAUUUGCACUGUCUGGAUUGUCAUCUCCUCACCAUCUCCACAUAAAAACACCAAAUACUACAAUGACAAGAUAGUGUAUGAAUGUGUUGUUGGGUCCACCAUUGGCUUUGUUGUCUUAUUGGGUUACAUUGGCUUUCUGGCAAUCCUCAGCUUCCUGCUUGCAUUUCUGGCAAGGAAUCUUCCUGACAACUUCAAUGAGGCAAAACUAAUAACUUUCAGUAUGCUUAUUUUCUGUGCUGUGUGGGUGGCCUUUGUCCCUGCUUAUGUCAACUCACCAGGCAAAUAUGCAGAUGCUGUGGAAAUAUUUGCCAUCCUAGCCUCCAGUUUUGGCCUGUUGGUGGCACUGUUUGGACCAAAAUGUUACAUAAUCCUGCUGAGACCAGAGAGGAACACAAAAAAAGCUAUCAUGGGGAGAGCAAACACCAAUUCGUAAAUGUAAUAAAUACUGAAAUGUUAUAUUAGACAAAAAUAAGAUGUUUUUUUAGAAAGGCACUUCUAUAGUCAAUCAUUCAAGUUAGAUCAGGUGAAGCUAUAUUAUGUUAAUGUAUGGAUUUCCAGAUGUUUCAUGUCAUAAAUUGGACGAAUGCAAACUUUUAUUUUCUAAUUUGAACCAAACCAUUGAUUAAAAAAAAUGAAAGCAACAAUUGGAAUGUCAUCAAUGUGUUGGAUAUUUAUUUUUUAUUUUUUUUAAUGUUCUAAUCGUUUGUGAGGAUUACCAACUGGUAUGAUACCUUCUGGUAUAGGGAUGCCUUCAUAUCAAACACUAAUUGUCAUCUUACCCAUUCAUUUUACCACCAACCACUUUUUACUUUGAGAUAACACAGCUGUGAAAUAAUGAAGUAAAUCACGCAAUUUAAAUGAUAAUUUUCAAAAUGUAUUUUGGGUGUUCAGCUGCAACAUGUGAUAUGAGUGUUCAUUUUUGGACCUGAGAAAAACAAUAAAAUAUAAUUUGCAGGUAA